AUGAUGGAUACUAAAAAAUCAUUAAAAAAUCGUAAAUCACCUAAGAAUUUAAACGAGGUCAGUGAACUCUCUGAAUCCGAAAAAUGUUAUUCACAUAAAGCCUUAACAAUUUCAAAGAGAGAAGUGGGUGACGGAGCUCCAGCUGAAAAUGAGAUGAAAACUAAAGAAAAUAUUCAAAAUACUGAAGAUGUAGAUAAAACAAUCCAGAGCAUAUAUCUUCGAGUGGAAAUUGAUGUGGUUUUUAUUGGAUUAAUGUUAUUAGCACUUUGUACCAGACUUUAUAACUUAGCAGAGCCGAAAUAUAUUGUAUUUGAUGAAUUGCAUUAUGGAAGAUAUGUUACUUUAUAUACAAAAGGAGUUUUCUUUUUUGAUGCUCAUCCACCAUUAGGUAAACAAAUGCUUUAUUUAGCAGGACAUCUCGCAGGUUAUGAUGGUAACUUUACCUUUGAUAGAAUUGGGUCUCCUUAUACUGAUUCAGUACCUAUUAAAGCAUUUCGAUUAAUACCUGCUCUAUGUGGAAGCUUAAUUGUCCCCAUCACUUAUCAAUUAAUGCUAGAAAUAUCUACUUCCCAGUGGACAGCUAUACUUGCUGCAAUCUUAGUUUUAUUCGAAAAUUGUUUUUUGACACAAUCAAGAUUUAUGUUACUGGAGAGCAUCCAAAUACUAUUUGGCUUACUGGGUAUACUAUGUGUUAUUAAAAGUACCAAUAAAACUGGUCCGGUUUCAGUAAUAUUACUAACUAUCGGUGCAUUUGCUCUAGGUUGCUGUUUCUCGGUGAAAUACUCAGGGCUGUACACAUAUUUUCUGGCAAUAUUUUUAGUUGGGCGCCAAAUUUGGCGAUAUAUUGGAGAAACUGAAUCAAUUUUGAAACUCUGUUUAUCAGCUUUAUGGAGAUUCUUCAUUCUCAUUUUUGUGCCAUUAGCUGUUUAUAUAGCAGUAUUUUACGCUCAUCUUUCAAUGCUCCCCAAAGCUGGCCCACAUGACAGUGUGAUGACCAGUGCUUUCCAGGCAUCACUAAAAGGAGGCCUAGCAAGUAUCACUAGAGGACAACCAUUGCAUGUUUCCCAUGGAUCACAAAUUACUCUCAGGCAUUCCCACGGGCGCACAUGUUGGUUGCACUCCCACGCACACGUCUACCCGGUGCGGUAUGACGACGGACGAGGCUCCUCCCACCAGCAGCAAGUCACAUGCUACAGUUUCAAGGAUGUCAACAACUGGUGGAUAGUGAAGCGUCCUGAACAAUCUUCCCUGGUCGUGUCCAAUCCCCCGGACAUCAUCCGACACGGGGAUACAGUGCACUUACUCCACGGGAUUACGAGUCGUGCGCUAAACUCGCAUGAUGUCGCUGCGCCCUCGUCCCCACAGUCACAGGAGGUUUCUUGCUACAUCGACUACAACGUAUCGAUGCCAGCUCAGAACCUUUGGCGGGUGGAAAUAGUGAAUCGUGAAAGUGAUGAUGCGACCUGGGACAGUAUCAGGUCUCUCGUAAGACUGAUACACGUAGAUUCUGGUUCUGCGCUACGCUUCAGCGGCCGACAGUUGCCGGCGUGGGGCUUCCACCAGCACGAGGUAGUCGCGGACAAGGUCGUUACUCAUCAGGACGCUGUGUGGAAUGUUGAGGAACAUCGAUAUACAAAAGCCGAAGACAGACGGGAGCGUGAGCGCGAACUAGUCUCAGCGGAGAUGAUCCCCACGGCGGCCACACAGCUGUCAUUCUGGGACAAGUUCAUGGAGCUGCAGUACAAGAUGGCGGCGCACGCGGGCGACGCGCCGCAGGGACACAUGUUCGCGAGCGAGCCGCCCGAGUGGCCGCUGCUGGCACGCUCCAUCGCUUACUGGCUCUCGCCUAACUCUAAUGCUCAAGUACAUCUAAUCGGUAAUUUAAUGACAUGGUACGCUGGCACAUUGUCAGUGCUAUUAUAUGGAGUGAUGCUCGGCGUUUACGCAGUACGCCGGAGACGAGCUGUCUUCGACCUUAACUCUUACGUGUCACAAAAAUUUUACGAUGCUGGCUGCAUACUCUACUUGGGUGCACUAAGCUAUGGUAAUGUGGAUUUGACUGAAUCUGAUCUCUUGAAUCUUAGGUGGAAGGAUACAUGGGAUUUCAUUCUUCAUAAAAAGAAU